AUGUCAAAGAAUAAAAAGAUAAAUAAAGAGAAGAAAGAUAUUAUAGUUGAUGACGAUGAUGAUGAUGAUAUUGAUGAAUUAAUGGAAGGUUUAGAGGAUGAUGAAGAGUUAAAUGAUAAAGAAGUAGAAGAAGAAGAUUUAGAUCCUACCUUUAAUUCACAUCUAUAUUCUUAUAUGAGAAGAGCUGUACAGAGACCACAUACUAAAAAGAAUGAUAUCUAUAUAACUAACAAUGGUAAUUUCAUUUACUAUGUAAAGAGAAUAAAGAAAUUAAUGUUUAUCGAAAAUAUUCAAGAAGUUAAUAUUCAUGGAUUGGGUGCAGCUAUUAUGUCAGCCAUUAAACUUUCAUUGUAUUUACAGAGACGAUUCGAUAUGGUACUCUCACCAACAACCUCCACAGAGAUAAUAAUUGAUCAAUAUGAGCCAAAUGUAGAUUAUGUAGAUCCAGUGUCUAAAACCAGACAUUGUUCAGCAAUACACAUCAACGUUAAGAAGCCAACAACAACUACAGCCUCAACACAAUAA